CAAGGUGAGGCUGUGGGGAGCCCUGAGUAGGGCUUAGCAAGCCUCUCAUAGCCGAGCCCAUAUCAAGCUAAUACCCAGCACCACGCCUUAUGCUGUUCCCCCAAAUGGCCUUACAGAUCACAUCACUCAAAUCUAACAUCUUGGUCAUGUGUCCAAUCUCUUACCAGCUCCCAGCACCAUCUUGUUACGCUGCUACCAGGUCAUAGAAUAACCACAAUGCAUCCCACAUGCAGGGUCACCUGAUGAGCAUGCAGCAACAGACUGUCCGUAGUGGGGGACAUGCAGUCUGUUAUAUACAGACCCAGAUGCAUGAGCCAGAGCCCCCCAAGGCCACUUACCGGGUGUGUAGUCUCAGGUGUGUGAAAUCGUGGCAGGAAUACCUACAUCCAGGGACCACGGUUAGAAUGGAUGAAAUCAGGCACACCUAGCAUGAUGCCCAGUGAGUAGGUGCCCAGUGAAGGUGAGUGGUUACUAGUUUCAGUCUGUUCCUUUGGGCCGGGUACUACCUUACCCCAGGCUAUUCUUGAGAAAAAUGUAGUGAGUUACAUCUUUGUUUAAACAUGCUCAGAGGCCUCCUUCCUCGUUGGCUAGAGGGGCACGAAUCACUGGAGUGAGUGGGAGGGGGCAAGAUCAGGUCGGGGGUGGGGCCCUUGGAGACAAAUUGCCAACCUUUCAUUUUGCUCAUGACCAUCUUGCCCUGCUGAGCUGGGAGGGAACACACUUGUGAACAGCUUGGGGGAGUGGGGUGGAGAUUCCAGUGGUGGGAAAAGAGGGCUUGAGGGAAUUAUACCCACAAAACCCAACCCACCACAGCAAUUGAUUAUUUUUCCCAUUUUGAAAAACUAUUUUGGGGAACUUUUUGCCUCUAAAUACUCCAGGCAUACUAUUUUGCUGCUGGUUUUUUAAUCACAAGGAUGCUGUAAUAUUAAAGUCAAUUUUAAUAGAUUAAAAAAAUCCAUUUGUAUUCACAUCACCCUAAACCUCAGCUGUUUUGACAUUUCUGAGUCCUUGCACAGUCCUUGCCCAUAAAAUCGGGUAAUGCCGCCAGCAAAAAAUAACUUAUGCAUAAUGCAUUUUAGUCUCUAAACGAAAUCAGAUGAUUUUAGAUUUAGGAAAGCUUGUAUCGGUGAAUGUGUUUAUAUUUCACUUUCUCCUGCAUUUCUACCUACCUCUCUGCAUCCCCUCCCCCAAAUUUGAAAUAAAAACAUUCUCUUAUACAAGCCAACAUUUUCCCAUGGCUUGUGUGUUUCUAGAAAUUUUGCACCUUUCAGAUCUUUCUACUGUUCCCCCCUACCUCCUCCCAUUCCAGGAAUUUUUGUCCCCAGUGGCUAACGGUGGCCAAGGUUGGAAGCUGGCUGAGAAGCAAGACCUCAGUGUAAAUUUUGGCUUCAUUACUUAUUAUUCACCAUGUGUCCUUCAGCUUGGUUUCCUCAUCUGUAAAAUGAUGACACUAAUAUUUAUCUGAGAGGAUUAUUCUGAGGAGUAAAUGAGAGAAAGUAUUUUACAUGAUGCAUUUAUUUGGACCAUUGGUUAAGUGGUAAUUGUAUUAAUUUCCUAGGGAUGCCGUAACAAAUUACCAUAAACUGAACAGCUUAAAGCAGCAGAAAUUUAUUCUCUCACAGUUAAGGAGCCCAGAAGUCUGAAAUCAAGGUGUCAACAGGAUUGGUUCCUUCCAGAGACUCUGAGGGAGAAGCUGCUCCAGGCCUACCUCCUGGUUUCUGGGGGUUGCUUGCCAUGCCUUGGCUUGUAGCUACAUCACUUCAGUUUGUGCCUCUUUCCUAACAUGGGCUUCUUCCUUCUGUCUGUGUCUCCGUGUCCUAUCCUGUUCUCAUAAGGACACCACUCACUACAUUUGGGGCCCACUCUAAUCCAGCACGACCUCCUCUUAACUAAUUACAUUUACAAAGACUCUCUUUGCAGAUAAGCUACAUUCUGAGGUUCUGGGUGGCCAUGAAUUUGGGGGGGCACUAUUCAACCCCUACAGGAACCAUCAUUAUGGAAGCAUAAAGAAUAUGACCCACUGCUCUCCUCUGCGCUGGCAAAAUCCUGCAGAGUGUCAAGGAGACCUUAGAGUGUCCUAAGGCUUUCCUGGAAGAAACACAUUUUCUCUGACAUCAUAACAUUCCUUGUUUGUAAUGCAGCCCAAGGUAAUUCACGGGCCUGCCCUGAGUCUCUCACUACCUUCUCUGUGAAAUGGGAGUCACUCUAUCGAGCAUGAUGUACUGAUCGACCCUCUCCAUGAUGCCCACAGCAUCCAGUAAUAAUAAAUCAUUGUCCGUGAGAUUCCUUAGGGAUGUGGGGAGAGCUGGCAUGAUUUUGGAGUUCUCAUGCACACUCCAUUCUCAAUGGCCUCUGAAUCAAACACUGACAUGGAAAAGGAAAAUAAAUUCUUAGAGACUCCCUGGCCCUUGUAAGACAGAGGAUGCCAUGGCCAGACUGGGUCCUCCAAGGGGUGUCUGUCUUCUAAGGCAUCACAUUUCCCUCUCCCUGGCUCUUCACAAAGGCUGGGAGAAACCAGAAAGGAAGCAGAGAGACAAAAGAAAGACAGCAGCGUUAUUUCCAGAAUGACAGAAGCAGAUUUCAUGGUUGUUUGCUGGUGGUUGUUUUCUUGGCUUUGAGAUGAUCUCGCAUUCCUGUUUCCAGCUCUUGGCAAGAGUCUUCAUUCUUGGGGAGUGACUGGGUUCCAGUGUUGCCCUGAGCUACGAGUUGAAGCCACAGACCAAGCUGCUAAGUCCUUGUUUCCAGCACAAGGCUUUGUGCUCAUGUCAUUUUGCAUCCUUUUUAAAUCCGCAGUGGGACAUGCACUACACCUAAUCCACUUACCUGCUACAAGCAACAUGGCAGAGAAUUCUCCACCUGAGACUUCAGUGCACAAGUUUUCUGUGACAUUAUCAGCAUCACUGUCACCUGUGAUCCCAGGGUUUCCCCUAAUCAACUCAAGUCCCCUCACUGAGGCCUUCCGGGUGAACUGGCUGUCAGACACUGACUUUGAGGUUGUCACCACCGGGAAGGAACAACUAGAUUUUGAAACAGGACCACACAUAUUUGAUUUGCAGAUUUGUGUGAAGGAUGACAUGGGUGUCACUGACCUGCAGGUCCUGACGGUCCAGGUAACAGAUGUGAAUGAGCCGCCUGAGUUUCAAGGCAACUUGGCAACAGGUCUAGACCUCUACAUAGUGGAAGGAGCAAAGCCUGGAUUCAUUUACCAGGUGGAGGCCUUCGAUCCAGAAGACACAAGGCAAAACACACCCCUCGGUUAUUUCCUGAUUUCCCCUUCAAAGAGUUUCAGAAUGUCUGCUAAUGGGACCCUCUUCUCCACAACAGAAUUUGACUUUGAAGCAGGACACAGCAGGUACCAUCUCAUCGUGGAAGUGAGAGAUAGCGAAGGGCUCAGAACCUCCAUGGAGCUGCAGGUGAACAUCGUGAAUAUCAAUGAUGAGAUCCCUCGCUUUACCAGCCCAACGCACGUGUACACGAUUCCCGAGGAGCUGGGUCCAGGAGCAAUUGUGGCCAAUAUCACAGCUGAGGACCCUGAUGAUAAAGGUUUUACCAGCUUCCUCUUCUACAGCAUCACUACUGUCAACAGCUAUUUCAUGAUCAAUCAGUUGACUGGGACCAUCCAAGUGGCGCGCAGGAUAGACCGAGAUGCAGGUGAAUUAAGACAAAAUCCCGCCAUAUCUCUGGAGGUUCUGGUGAAGGAUAGACCCUCUGGGGGUCAGGAGAAUCGCAAGCAGAUAACCUUCAUUGUGGAAGACAUUAAUGACAACCCCUCGACAUGUACCAAGUUCACCUUCAGCAUUAUGGUGCCUGAGAGAGCAGCCAAGGGGACGUUGCUUCUGGACCUGAGCAAGUUCUGCUUUGAUGAUGACAGUAAAGCACCAAACAACCAAUUCAACUUCACCACGCCAUCCGGAGUGGGGAGCGGCAGCAGAUUUUUACAGGAUCCAGCUGGCUCUGGGACAAUCGUGUUGAUUGGUGAUCUAGAUUAUGAAAAUUCAAGUAAUCUAGCAGCCGGCAAUAAAUACACUGUGAUAAUCCAGGUGCAGGAUGUUGCUCCUCCUUACUAUAAAAAUAAUAUCUACAUUUAUAUCCUAACAAGCCCAGAAAAUGAGUUUCCUCUUGUCUUUGAUAGCCCAUCCUACAUAUUUGCCGUGUCGGAAUUAAGCCCAUCUAGAACCCGGGUUGGACGGAUGCAAGCGACAGAUAAAGACUUCCCCCAGAGAGGCAUCGUGUACUCCAUCUCCACCGGAGGGGCCAGCCAGCACUACCCAAACAUAUUUUGGAUUAAUCCCCAAACGGGAGAACUCCAGCUGGUGACUAAAGCAGACUACGAGACAACUCCCAUCUAUAUUCUCAGAAUCCAGGCCACCAACGGCGAGGACAGCAGCUCAGUCACUGUGACUGUGAACAUCAUUGAAGAAAAUGAUGAAAAACCAAUCUGUACCCCAAACUCGUACUUCCUGGCCAUCCCAGUGGAUCUGAAAGUUGGCACAAAUAUCUACAAUUUCAAGCUCACGUGUACUGACCUUGAUUCCAGCCCCAGGUCUUUUCGUUACUCCAUUGGCUCAGGGAACAUCAACAGUCAUUUCACCUUCUCUCCCAACGCCGGGUCCAACGUUACAAGCCUGAUCCUCGCGACUCGCUUUGACUAUGCUAGUGGGCUUGAUAAGAUCUGGAACUACAAACUACUUGUCUACAUAACUGAUGACAACUUGCUGUCCGACAGGAAGAGAGCUGCAGCUCUUGUUGAAACAAGCACGGUGACCCUGAGCAUUAGUGUCAUUCCUCACCCAACCACGACUGUCACCACAACCCCCAGGCCCAGGAUCACCUACCGGAUCCUGAGGAAGAACGUGUAUUCUCCAUCGGCCUGGUAUGUGCCUUUUGUCAUCACUUUGGGCUCCAUGCUGCUUCUGGGUCUCCUGGUGUCCCUGAUCAUCCUAUUGGCCAAAGCCAUCCACAGACACUGUCCCUGCAAGGCUGGGAAGCACAAGAAACCUCUAAAUGAAGAACACAAAGAGAGAGGCGGCGGUGUUACUGGGGCAAUAUAUGAAUUCAACACAAAAACUGGAGCCAGAAAGUGGAAAGAUCCCUUAACCCAAAUGCCAAAAUGGAAGGCGUCCAGCCCUCAGGGAGCUGCUCCAAGAAGACCUGUCACUGGGGAAGGGACCGGGCCACUAAGGAGCACCCACAAGGAAGGAGAUGGGCUGAGAGACAAAGCACAGGCCAAGAAUACAGUCCCACGGUCCAGGAACCAGGACAGCAAGCCAAGCACCCCAAAGAACAGAAACUCAGCCCUUAUGGGUGGGGGGUCCCCCAAACCGCACCCAGAAAAGUGAACGGUGUCUGGCUGCCUGGCCCACAGCACAGCACAGGGCGGGAGCUUGACUGUCUGGGACGCUGCCUCACCCUACAUUCUUCGAGGGCAGGGUCGGGGUGGAGGGCUGAAAAUGUGGAGGAUCCAGGGUCCCAGGUGGAAUGUUUGACAGACUUUAAAAUGAAGGGCUUUCAUCUCAGAGUUGCCUUUUUCUGAGACAGCCCAGGAGAGAUUUUGCCCUGGCCUCAGUACCUCUGAUCAGCUGGACUGCUAACUGGUGGGUGUGGACUUGUGUUUCUUCUUCACAUUGACCUCUAGGAAGCUCUGUUCCGUUCGCCCCUAGGAAGUGCACGAGACCUCCUGCCUAAAUUCUGAGGACUACCCUCCCACCUGGUUUCACCUUAUUUUCCUGCCUUUAUUUUAGCGUCACCCAGAUUUCUUCACUUAUAAAUACAGUUCAACACCGUAUACCAUUGUAAGUCACAUCUAAUCUUUUUCAAAACAGGCAGAGCAGUGGGAAAAAAAGGAUGAAUAAUGAGUUGUUCACCUGGGAAGAAGAAAACACACUAAAUACCUUUAAUUCUUUUUCAUUAAGGUAAAACUGAUAAUGCAAUAAAGCGCACAGAUCGAAGGCAUUCAGCUCAGUACUAUGUAGACUCUUCCCUGAUGCAACCAAUAUUUGGGUCUUUAUUGUCACAGAUUACUUUUGCCUUUUUGAAAUUUCCUAUAAAUGGAAAAAGAGCUCCCCAUUUCUUUUGUAUCUGGCUCCUUUGGCUGCGCACCAUAUCUGUGAGAUUCACCCAGCUGUACUGUGAACCAGUCAUGCAGGGCUCUUCACUGUGUCUCUUAUCCCGCUGAGGGAAUCUACCACAUGUCAUUUAUCCAUUCCACACUUGGGUAGCUGCUCCAAGUUUUUUACUAUUAUAAGGUAUAGCACUGUGUACUUCCUUGUACAUGUCUUUCCAUAGCAUAAACACGUGUUUCUUCUGAGCCUCCUCCUAGGAGUGGGAUUGUAAGAGCCAUUGCUGGAAUCUGCUGAGAAUUCUGAAGUUGGUGGCUCCAACUUAUGCUUUCAACGAUGGAGAGUUCGGACAGCUUUACUCCCUUGUCAACACUUGGUGUUGUCGGUCCUUUUCAUUUUAGCCAUCCUGGUGAAAAUUCCUCUUGAACUAAAAUCACUGUUUUUCUCAAAGCUAAAACAACACCAGCCCUACAACCUACCUGCCUGGCUCCUUCCCUACCUUCUGUGAUUGGUGGAGGGGGGAACCACAGGACUCAGAGCAGAGACACAGUGGGAAGCUCUAGCCAUUCAUACAGCUGGGACUUUCACCUGUGGCCACAAGCAGUGACCUGAAAAUAAAUCUCUCUGCAAUGCAACAGGAAAUGGAAAUUUUCAGUGCGUGCCUGGUGAAGGCCGAGCAACCCUCACCUUUGCUCCAUGUCCUGCUUCCCAGCUGCUGGGCCCCUGGUCCAGUAACCAGAAGAAAGGACUAGAUGAGAGUCUACUGGAGCAGCACCCCGUUUCCCAGUUGGAGAGCCAGAUGAGAACUCUCCAGGCCCAGGAUGGCCUGUAGAGGGCAGGCAGGAUCCAUCCUGCAAAUGCAGAACUUCGGAAGGAGGAGCUGCCCGUUUAUUGUGUGCCCCUGCGUCCGUGUGACUUCUCAAGAAAAAGAAACAUUUUUAAAAUGCCCUGUCCUGGCCUAGAGCAAGCACAAUUUAUUAAUAAGCCUUGGUUGCCAGGGAACUCCCUUGAAUAGGUUUAAAUUUUGCAAAGAAGGCAGAGCUGCUCAUUUGUGGAGGUUAAAGUGGGUGAAGUGGCUGACUACCCAUUUAAGACUCUGCAAGUCUGUGGAGUCCCGGGUAAAAGACCUUCCUCAGAAGCUCUCAGCCUCAAUGCAAGUAAAAUGAGGCUCCGAGAAGGCUGAAGAGGGUGCCUGAUAACUGUUUAUGAGCCCAUUAAGGAUGAUUAAAAGGAGGGCGGUGAGCAGCUGUUAUCCCUUCUCUGGUGAUGACAGGGCAGGAGGGGAUCAUGCUUCUCGGCCAGAAGAAGAGAUUUAAGUUAGGCACAGGGAGGGACUUCCCAAAGGCUGGGGUCUGUUUGAAGAGUCAGUUCUUUCCCUGGUGAUGGGCAAGAAGAGCUGAUUAUCUUCCAAGCCCCAAGAUGUGAACCUCGAGGAACCCAAGACAUGGGUCAGGAGUGGUACCAGGAAGCUUCGAAACCACCUUUUCUUUUUGCAUAUUUGACUAUUUGAUCAGGGGAAAUCAGAAAUCUCAGGUCCAGGGCUGAGGCCAUUUGGUUUCUAACAUUUACCAGGUUUCAAAAAUAAAUUAUCUGAAUAAAAUCAAGUCAGGGACCAUUGGGGACCUUGUAAAAGUUUUCUCACAUUUCUCUCCCAAGGCCUUAAUCACAUGAAUUUACUGUAGCUAAUGUUGACUUGCCUGAUGCUGAGUCAUUAAAAAGUAAAGCAAAGAUGUUCAGGGAUCAGGACACGGAGGGGUCCACUGUUGAGGGAUGUGGAACCCCGUGGUGAAUUCUUUUUUUGUUGUUCCCCCUUUUUUUUUUUUUUUUGCCGUACGCGGGCCUCUCACUGUUGUGGCCUCUCCCGUUGCGGCGCACAGGCUCCGGACGCGCAGGCUCAGCGGCCACGGCUCACGCGCCCAGCCGCUCCGCGGCAUGUGGGAUCUUCCCGGACCGGGGCACGAGCCCGUGUCCCCUGCACCGGCAGGCGGACUCUCAACCACUGUGCCACCAAGGAAGCCUCCGUUGUGAAUUCUUAAGUUUGCGCUUUCCCUGUGCUCAGCAGGAAGCCAGGUCCGCAUCGCUGUCCGCCUGUGUUAAAAGCAUGUGUGGCUCAUGAGCAGAAACCGGGCAAUGAUGCUUUUGCUCCAUAGAGCCCUUGCUCACGUCUGUAGAUCUACCGUUUGCCUUUUUAUGUAAUGUGUUUUGUAAUGGCUGAGAAAAUUAAAGCAACCAAGUGAGUGAAUCUAGAAAAUGAUGGCUAUUGAAACGUGGCAUUUCUCAUUUCAAACUUAGUGUGUUUAUACCUCCCAUUCAUUCAGUAAAUACUUAUGGAGUGACUACUGUGUGCCAGGUGCUG